AUGGACGGCAUUGUCAUUCGCGCAGCCCGCGAGGCUGACAUGCCCCAGAUCGAGCGUAUCAUCCGACACUACAUCCUGACUACGGUCCUCACGUUCCACGAGGAACCACAACCCCGGGAGAGCUACGUCGCCUCCUACCGCGCCGUCCAGGCCGCCGGUCUGCCGUACCUGGUCGCUGUCCGUGCCGACGACCACGAUGCCGUCGUCGGCUACACGUCGGCCAUGGGCUUUCGCGCGGCGCGCUCCGCCUACCGCUUCACGUCCGAGCUGACCCUGUUCUGCGACCACAGCUACACGGGGCGCGGCAUCGGGUCGCGCUUGCUCCGGGCGCUUCUCGACGUCCUCGCGGCGCCCGAGACGUUCCUGACCCAAUACGGCGGUCGCUACCCCGACGGCGUGCAGCCACGCAGAAUCCGGCACUUGAUUGCGGUUAUGGCGGUCAACGACGAGGGCAAGCGGAACGGCAUGCGCUCAAGGCGUUUUACGAAAGUUUCGGUUUUGUGCUGGUGA